AUGGGGGAUCCAGGCGAGCCGUUUUCGCUCGACUUGCACGGGCCGGGCGCGUCCGCGCUGCGCGCCGUCGUGCGCGACAAGCUCGCUGAUUUCUCCGAGAGCUUCACCGACGACGUCCUCGCGGAGUACGUGGUGGUGCUGGUGGCGCACGGCAAGCCCAAGAGCCACGCAGCCGAGGAUCUCGAGGCGUUUCUGGGCGACCAAACCGCCGCCUUUGUCGACUGGUGGCCAAACCCCCCCUUCCUCCCUCCUCCCCUCAUUAACAGGCUGUGGCUUCACCUGUCUGCCAACAUUGGGAAAUACAACGCGCCCGCUGCCCCAGAUACCGCAGGUGCAGGGAAGGAUGGGAGAGAAGCGUUGGCAAAGGAGGAGGAGAAGCGGGCCGAGGGGACGCGAGACGAGGGACGAAGGAGGGAGGUUGUUGAAGUGAGGGAGGAUGGCGGCAGGGUGUGGGAGGAGAAGGGGAGGGAGGAGAGGGGACGAGAUGGGAGGGCGAGAGAAGAGAGGGGGAGAGAGGAGAGAGGGAGGGAAGAGAGGGGGAGAGAAGUGAGAGGGCGGAGCAGGGAGAGGAGUGGUGAGCGAGGCAGGGAGAGAGGGGGAGAGAGAGGAGUGAGUGGAGAGAGGGAGGGAGGCUGGAGCAAGGAGCGGGAGAAGGAAAGGGACGGAGACAGGAGGAGCCUGGAUGGAAGGACAGACUCGUGGAAGGGCAAGAGAGGAAGGGAUGGGGUUGUUACGGGGCGUGAGGAAGAAAGGGGGAGGGGGUAUGAGGAGAGAGGGAGAGGGUAUGACGAAAGAGGGAGAGGGUAUGAGGAAAGAGGGAGAGGGUAUGAGGAGAGAGGUAGAGGGUAUGAGGAGAAGGGGAGGGGAAUUGAGAAGAAAGGACGGCUUUAUAUGGACGAGGUACGAGGGGCGGAGGGCGAGGAGGAAGGGGGAGUUGAGAGGAGAACGGCGAGGGGGGCGGAGAGGGACGUGAGGGCGCGUCGGGGUGGGUCUAGAUCAUGGUCUCCCCCAGGAAAGCGGGAAGAGAGGGAGCAGCGGAGGGAGGAGAGGGGAGAGGAGGGCGCUAGGCGGAUGGAGGAAAUGAGGGGUGGGGGAUUGGAUAGGGAGGAGGCAAGGGGUGGAGAACUGGGAAGGGCGGUUAAGAGGCGGGUGUCAGGGGAAGGGGGCGGUGAGGAGUGGCGGGGGAGGCAUGAGGGGGAGAAGCAGGGGGGGGAGGGGGGGCGGGAGAGGGUGCGCGCUGAGAGGCAUGGGGAGGAGGAGCGGGCGCGGAUGAGGCGGCUGUUUGGCAGCAGCCUGGGCGAGGGGGCGCGGAGGCGGGCGACUGUGGACGGGGGGAGGGCGGAUGGGGGGAGGGCGGAUGGGGGAGAGAGAGCGGUGGCGCGGAGACGGACAGAGGGAGAAGUGGGGGCGGAGGGGGCGGAGGGAGCGGCGGGAGCAGGACUGGAGGGUAGCGAGGAGGCUGUGAGGAGGAAAGGGCGUGGGGCGUUUGCACUGGUGGCCGCGAGUGAGAGGCGGCUGGAGGGCGAGGAGGGGAGGUGGCAGGGCGAGGAGGGGGUGGAAGUAGGGGGGGAGGAGCAAGAGGGAGGGGACGGUGUGGAGAGAAGGGAUGGGAGGGGCUUGGAUGGGACACAGGAACGGAUGGCAGGAGGGCAGGUUGUGGGGAAAAGAGGGCGGCAAGUGGGCGGGGGAGCAAGGGGAAUGGGCGGCAGGCUGUGGCAGUUUGCGGUGAGAGACGCUGUGAAGCCUGCGAGGGAGGUGCGUGCUGCUGCUCACCCCCAUGCUGCCACUGCGGCUGCACCUCUUGCUGCUGCUGCCGCUGCAAGAAGUAAUGGUGAGCAACAGGAGGAGGCAGGAAGGGCAGUGGAAGUGAGGGCGACGAGGGAAGUAAGGCGAAUUGUCGUGUCUGCCCCCAGCCGCUCUGCCAUUCAAAGGUCUCCUGACCUCGUUGCUCCCCCUGCUGCCUCCGAUGGUGCCUCCCCUUGUGCUGUGAAGGGUGCUGCUAGAGCAGCUAGUGAGGAGGAGCGAGUGGCAAGGGCAGAGGAGAGAAGGGAUUGGGGGAGAGGAGAGGAGAGAGGAGUGGAGAGAGGGGAGAAGCAGGAAAAGGAUAGAGGAGAGGAGAGAGAAGAGGAGGGGGGAGAAGAGGAGGGACUGGAGGAGGAGGAGGGGCGUGGGGCACGGAAACGGUUGCGAUCAGUGGUGGUGUCUCUUCCUGCUGACGCCCCUCGCCGGAUCAAGGCAGUGCGGAGGCAGGGGAGGGAGGGGCGGGAGGGGAGUGGGGGCGAGGAGGUAGAGGAAAGAGCAAGAGUAGAUUCAAGAGGUAGGGGAGGGAAGGAAGGCGCAGAGGCAGGUAGAAUGGGAGGGAGCAUAGAGGAAGAUACGGAGGGCAGGGAGGGGGCGGAGAAGGAGGGUGGUAAAGGGAGUGUGUGGGCGAGGCUGGGCAAACGAUGUGUGCAGAGGGGUGGAGAUGGGCGGAUAGUGGUGCAGAGGCAAGCAGAGCUUGGGGAAGAGUAUGGGGAAGGGUUUGGGGGAGGGUAUGAGGAAGGGUAUAUGGGUGGGUAUGCGGGAGGGUAUGGGGGAGAGUAUGGGGAAGAAUACGCAGGAGAGUAUACGGAGGGGUUGAGAGGAGUUGAGCAGGGUAUGUGGAGUGAGGGAGUAGAGGGGUGGGGCGAUGGGAGAGGAGGAGAGGGAGGGGGGAUGCGAGAGAGUGUGGAGGCAAUGAGGCAGCGGCUGCAGCAGAUGCAGGAGGAGAUGCGGCGGAUGAAGGCACUGCAGGAGAAGGCUGCUGCUGCUGCUGCUCCUGGUGGCGAUAAGGCUGCUGCUAAAGCUACAGCUGCUCACCCCAACGGCACGUUGUCAACCUCACCGCACUCCACCGCACUGCACGCCCAUGCACCCACGCCCUUCUCCCUCGUGCGCAAGUCUCCCUCCACAGGGGACGCUGACGAUCGCUCCGUGCUCGUUUCGAAUGUGCAUUUUGCAGCAACGGUGGCAGCGCUCACGCUCCACUUCGCAGCAUGUGGGGAGAUUCGCAGAGUCACCAUCCUCACUCAUCCCCUCACUGGCCGCCCCAAAGGAUGUGCUCAUAUCGAGUUCGCCACUAAGGAAGCGGUCGACAAGGCCCUAGCUCUCAACGACGCUUCGUUAAUGUCACGCCCCGCUCAAGGUACUUCCAUUCCACCUCUUCGCCUCUCUAUUCCGCCAUCUCCUCUGGGUUCCAUUCUUUCCUCGCUAUGCCGCCUCCUCGCCCAGUCCCCUCCUGCCAGCACAGCUAUAAUCCACAAGUCCCAUGCGGCAGUGGAGGCACUCCCUCUGCAGCAGCGCCCACACCAGCCAUCACUAGUCCCACUCUCUACGCCUAUCGUCCACAAGCCCCAUGCAGCAGUGGAGGCACUCCCCUCUGCUACCCCACCACCCAUCACGCCCACCCGCCCCACUCGCCCACUCCUCACGCCCACCAAGCUCCCCUCCCCUGCUCCGGGCACCAGUCCCACAGCCCUCGCGUCCCCCUCUGCCCGGGUUGUGCCUGGAAAGGCCCUGGCUGUGGGUGUGAAAGCGCAAGCUGUUCGCCGGCCCUCUGCCAGAGGCAGCUUGCAGUGGCGGAGACAACCUGAGGAGUCUGCUCCUGCUGCUGCUGCUGCUGCUCCUGCUGCUGCUGCUGCUGCUGCUGCUGCUGCUGCUGCUGCUGCUGUUGCUCCUGCUGCUGCUGCUGCUGCUGCUGCUGCUGCUGCUGCUGCUGCUGCUGCUGCUGCUGCUGCUGCUGCUGUCGCUCCUGCUGCUGCUGCUGCUGCUGCUCCUCCUGCUGCUGAGACUAAGGUCGAGGGCAAGGGUGGUGUGAUAGGCAAUUCAAAGGAAGCUGUGCAGAAAGCAACAGCAAAUUCUGCACCUGUGGCAGCAGCUGCUGCUGCUAAAGGAGGCGAGAUCGAGGGGUGA